GCAGGUUGUCCUCUGAGGUGUCUGAAGAGGAACAUUGAAGUUUUGCAUGCAGUGCAGCCCGGCUCAUAAACCAUCUAGCCGCUAGGACCACACCGGACCCGGCGGGCUUGCCGUCUGCUGGGGCCCGCCGACGAGGCGAUGCGCGCCGUGACCCGCACGAUGCUGCAUGCUUCAAGCUGAAAGCUUCAUCCAACUUCAAGAUGGGCGAGGAAAAUUUGGAGGGUCGUGUUUCUGCACUUGAGGACAAGAUCUUUGGAGAUCUAGAUAAAAAUGAGCAAUAUACGAAGGCGACCGAUGUUAUCCUGGGCUUCAAUAGUCGGAUGGGCAACGUUCUCGGAGACUACGAACGCGCCGUGAUGAUAAUGAAGAGACUGGAGGAGCUGGAGUCGUACCUGGACCCGCUGUACGGUGAGCAGCUGACCGCCACUCCCGCCGCGCUGGCCUCCGAGCUGCUGGCCACCGAGGGGCAGCUGGCCCAGGUUUCCCAGCAGCUGGACAAAGUCCGCCAGCUGGCACCGCUGCUCGACAGCGAACACAUCAAAGGCGCUGGGGAGCUGCGCGGCCGUCUGGAGGCGGUCAGCGAGCGCCACCUGUCGCAGGCGCAGCGGCUCACCGAACUGCAGGCGGCCGGCCAGCGGCUGGCUCACGCCUACGCACAGGCGGUGGCCACACUCGGCGAGAGUUUGCUGCAGCUGGAGGAGCGUGUGGCGCGCGUGGAGGCCGCGAACUGAGCGCCCGGAGUCGGGACCACAUGGAGGACUGGUGGGCUGAUCGGACCGGGUUGGGUGCUGUAUCGCGGGAGGACGCAGACAGCCUGAGGAAGGACAGCUGACAGACAGAUGAAGUCUGGUGUGACCGAGUCGACUGUGACGGGUCGAGGGGCGUUACGGGCGCGCCCGGACCGGGGUGCGGGGGGAUGGGGGGGAGGGGUCCGGUGGGUGAGGUGGAGCCGGGUUUGGAUCCGUCAGUAGCGGUGUGGCCGGGUUCCCGUGUACCGUUUGGUGCCGCCUAAGAGCUGAGGAAGCUGUCGACCAUACUGCGGAGGGGAUGUGUUUGGUGUGUACUGUGUAUCAAGCAUUGCGAAGUUUGCUGCUUUUCUUGAGCUGGGUGAGAGUGAUAGCACCAAAGUUAAUUAUUGCAGAAUAAUUUAUUUUUGUCGUCCUUGAUAUAUGCACAUGGGGUUCUUUAAUGCGUGAGCAUUGUACGUUCCUGUUUCACCGUCUGCGUGGAGGCUAACUCGCUGGUUUUUUAUCAGUAGGAUGUUAUCGGAUAGAUGGUAGUCGACACUAGAUUAUUACUCUCUAGUCUGCAUAGCAAAAAGUUGAGCCAACUUUCGCAACAGUUGACAUCGCGCGUAUUUGACUUAGGUUUCAUAUAUCAAUGGCUCAAGUGCUUUCCGCUGCUUCAAAAUGCGUAUUUCAGUUAUUAUUUUUGUGCAAGGUUUGGUGGCGAUCUAAGGAGGUGAAUAAAACUUAAGUUUUUU